AUGCAUAGUGAUGCAAGGUCCAGGGGAUCAUCGAGAGAAUCACAAAAGAUUUUUAUUUCAGAUAUCAUAAAUCCUCUUAAUAGUUCAAUUAUGGACGAAAGAAAACAUUUUUUGCAUGCCACAUUCUCGAAGCAACCAACUUUGACAAACGAAAAUUCUGGAAAUAUUAUUAAGGAUGAAAGAGAAGGAAUUGCCUGCAAUUUAAUAGGUAAAUCAGCUAAGACAUCGAAAGUACUGGACUCAUCAACAGCUGAACCUAUUCCUGAGAGCAAAAAUAUGUUUGGCGAAUAUAAACCCUUAAAAGGUCGUUCUCCUGAAAAAGAACAUCUAGGCAUGUCUAAAGUAAACAAUUCUUCGUUGUUACCAAAUAUUCAGGGAACCUCAGAAAUGGAACCUCAAAUUUCACGACAUUCUCAGAAUGUCUUUAUGGAUAAAGUUGAAGCUCAAAAUGACAAUCAAUUUUCUAUGACUCCUUGGCCCCAUCAAUAUCUUCAUUCUUCAUUUCCAUUUUCAAACUCAGAUAACUUAACACCAUCUUAUCCAUCUAAUAAUAAGGUGAAUAUGCCAGUCGAUAAGUCAUCAGUUGACUUUAAUGCCUCUCAGGUAAAUGGCUCAAAGAGACAAUCGGUUCCCUCUAAUAUUAAUAUAAUGCCAUACCAGUCACAACAACAACCACAGCAGCUCCAGAAGCUCCAGCAGGGACAAAAUUUCCAAUCUCAGCCUCAACAAAUGCAACAGCACUUUUUGGUCAGUGAGCAGCCCUGUGGUCAUGAUCUUCCAAACCUGAUAGGUCGACAACAACUGCAUCAGCGCCAGCAACUUCAACUCUUGCAACAACAGGAUGGGUAUUCGACCAUGGCAUUUCCCCCACUUCCGUCUAAUGAUUCCCAAGUCCCUCUCAUGCGUAGAGGAGUUUCGUCAUACCAGCCUUCGACUAGUAUUGGCACACUUCCUAAUGGAAGAGGAUCUAAUUCGAAUUCUAAUUCGUCAUCAUUACACAUUAAAGAUCUUGAGAUGAUAUCGCUAAGGAAUGGUGAAGAUCUUUAUGUACAAAGAACCCCGCCAAUAAACGGUGUUAAUGAUACGCAACAAAUGAUGAACAAUAAACCGUUCUACCAUAAUCCAGCUCCUAUCUCGAUGUAUAGGGCUCAGCAGUUAAAUUAUAUGGAAUCUUCAAACUCACCUCUUUUACAACAAUAUUAUAGUAACAUGCGACAAUUCAGCAAUGAUAACCCCUCUUCUUUUAACAGGGUUGGUUCAUCUGAACUAUCCAGUAAGAGUGUUGGCUCACAAAGAAGGAAUCCGAGGAUGCAGGAGCUGCAAACUAGGAAGAGGAAAAAACAAUGCAAACUUUGUGGUAAAGUAGUGACUCGAACUAGUUCUUUACAAACUCAUAUGCUUAUCCAUACAGGUGUUCGUCCCUUUUCGUGUACUUGGCCAGGUUGUAAAAAGACUUUCAAUGUUAAGAGUAACAUGAAUAGACAUUUAAAGCUGCAUUUAAUUAAAGAGGACAGUUAG